CAAGCGGAGAAGAAUCUGUAUGCCAACACCAAUUUCCUCAUGGAGCCAUUCGAAGACGAGGAAUAUGAGGAGGACCCUUUUUCCAUGGAUGAUAACUCGGAUGAUCUGGACUACACACCGCUUUCCAUCAUUCGAUAUAAAAGACCCCAAGUAGAAAACUGCCAAGAAGAAACAGUUCAAGACGUUCCAGGGAUGAAAUCACGACGGUUUCCAUGGAGAUGCUGAAUGAUGACAACAGUGGCGUGAUCGUUGAACGCAUGCCAAAGCAGUCUAAACCCAAGCGGCGAGUGCAGAGUGCCAAAGCGGCCAAACCAAAGACAGAGCACGGACCACCACGCAAGAGAGGACGACCGCGGAAAAACCCAGCCGAUUUGGCGAGGAACAAGCGUAAGAAAGGCCGCCCUCGGAUGACAGAAGAGCAGAAAAUGGCAAAGAAGAAAGCUUACAACGAAUCGCGAACACGUCUUCGUUUGGAGGUGUUACGAGAGACUCUACCAAGGAUGUUUCGCUGCAGGAUGUGUGUUGAACAGUUCACCGAAACUGACGACAUGAUAUUGCAUUACUUUGAGGUGCACAGGCAGCAGUCAAUCAGCGAGCAGGACCGCGAAGAUAAGAUUAGCGCGUACAACACAUGCCGACUGGCAGACGUAGCCGCCGUGCUCAGAGAAUGCCCCGACUGCAAUGAGUACGUAGAGAACAUGUCGCAUCACAGCCGCGAGCAUCAGCCACGGAACAUUAUCUGUGAGGAGUGUGGCAAACUAUUCCUGACUCGUAGGCAGCUUAAUGUGCAUAUGCGCGUCCACAGAAUGGACCGGACUGGCGAGCGACUGCAAUGCGACAAGUGCGACAAGUCCUACCGCUGCAGCGCCAGUUUGCAGCGGCACCAGCUGAUUCACACGGGAAAGAAGACGUUCAUCUGCGAUCAGUGCGGGAAGGAUUUCUUCAACAGUGUGCGGUUGAGGGUCCACCGAGCAGUGCAUAUGAAGGAGAAGCCCUACAAGUGUACGGAAUGUGGGCGAGGCUUCACCCAGCUCACCAACCUGCGGAGUCAUGAGCGUGUGCACACGGGCAUCAAGCCGUACAAGUGCGAACACUGCCAGGAUUCCUUUACGCACAAAGUCAGCAUGAAGAUGCACCAGAAGAAAAAGCACGGAAUCGACUGGUGGAAAGAAAACGGUGUACCGAUGCAAGCCAGGAAAUCAGUCAAAAAGCGAUCCACCACUAGCAAGAAAUCAGUGGACAAGGAGUUAGCGAAGAUGCAAACCUUUGUGGAUCAACACCACACGCACCCAGAGGAGACCGCGAGGAAUUACCAGUAUGCCAGCAACCUGAUCACGCAAGGCUCUAAGACCUACGCUCAACUGGAAAGAAAAACAAACGUGACUGAAGCCUUCCAUUCUAUGAUGAACCCAUUUGAGCAUCCUUGGCAAUCGUGAGUGACAACCAGUUAAGGGCCAAUUUCCUGGUGCUGCUUAACGCUUAGUAGCAAAAGAAAGAGUUCUAUCUUUAGCAAUUUAGACAUGCUUACGCUUGUACAUGCAAUGAGGUGGUUGUAUAACUCAAUUACUAAGCAAAUUCAGCCUUAACCAGGUUGCGCCGGAUACCGUGUAUACAGUCAAAGGUUUUGCAGUAUUCGGAACGAAUGAGGCAUAAACAUGCAGGGAGCGAGGCCGAAAAUAUCUGUCAGUGACCCGCUCCCAGCAAGUGAGGCCUGAAAUAUGAGUGUUUUGCCCAUGGGUGAUGGCUUCAACCUGGCUUGAGGUCAAGUGAAAAGUAAUCCCGCGCUUUGUUCCGUUCUUGUCAAAAUAAUCCUGGCGUGAACUGGUUAAGAGGUUAGCGUCCACUGUCCUUACUGCUUACUGUGACCGUGGAACGACUUGGACCCAGAUCUAUUUUCCACCCUCCUCCAUCCAUUGCUGGCAUUUGUAAGUGCAAGUUACAAUGUGUGUAUAUGAUACACUAUGGACUUUUGUGCAUGACAAGUCGAUGGCAGUUUUGUGACCACGUAUACAUGUAUUAUCUGAGAGUUCCAGUGGGAGUGACGCACCAUGUGAGCGUAGUGGUUCAUGCGCACAUUCCGCAAGGCACGUAGAACUCAAUGCGCACAUACCCAUGGCGUCUUCAUGUGAGCAUCAGGCGCGACGGACAAUGCUUUCAACAGUCCCUCCUGGUGGUCUCCCCCAACUCUCCCUUUGUAACCGUUGAGGACGCACCCGUGCACAGAGUCUAUACUGCUAUGGGCUCCGUGCGCCAACAAAAGAGGGCGCCUUUUUACCUAGCAAUGACGUCCCAUGGGCAGGACACACACAUUUCGCUGGUUGACGCGCACUGUGCCUUGUGUAUGACGCAUGUACACCAGGGGAUUUGUACUAUGGACACGCAGUGGCCGCACUUCGUGCGGCGAAAUAUUGCAGUCAGGCAACUGAGGCAAGAUGGCGUUGUUCGGUCACCCCCAACUGUACUUUCUUUGCCGGUGAGGGGGUACUUGUGAACGGAGCAGAUAAAACCAUACAUAUGUAAUAUUGAUUAUAAAGCAAAUAACUGUAAAGACAUGUUUUCAGUCAUUGGUGGAUUUUUGUGCUAAUCAGCUCUGUAAAAUUGGCCCUUUAUCAGAGACAAGUCGAAGACUUGAAUAAACUGCCUUUGCAAGUACAUUGACCUUGCUUGUUAAAAAUAAAAAUUUGUGUAAAUGUCAGUCACCAGUGACUAAAAGAUAAGUUUCAUUUAAUGAAAGAGUAUUGAAUAUGCAGUUAGUAUGGUGCCCUUUGUAGCUUCAUACUUUGUUUCAAUUUAAAAAUGUUGGCGUCACCAGUUGCUGGUAUGUAAGGGGGGAAACGUUUUGUUGGGAGACGGUUUUUUUUAUCUGUAUU